GCCGGCCCGGAGGGGGUCGCCCAGGAGGAGUCUGCACCUGCAGCAGCCGCUGGAGGAGGAGGAGGAGGAGGAGGAGGAUGGAGUCUUCAGGCGGAGAAAAGCAGUUUUUGGACCUGCCCUGGGAAGACAUCCUCAUACCCCACAUUCUGUCAUAUCUUCCUCUGAAGCAACUCUUGAGCUUGCAGAGAGUCAGCAAAGCGUUUCAGUCUCUCAUUCAACUUUACCUCACAAACAUGCGCUGCUUUGAUUCAACCAAGGUUGGACAGCAUAUUCCAAAAGCUGCGUUUUGUGUCCUGCUUAAAGACAAUGAGGUGCUGCAACAACUUGCCUUGCAGAACUGUUCUGGUUGGCUAACUGACAAGGAGCUGCUUCCUGUUAUUGGCCAAAACCACCACUUGCAACGGAUUGUCUUAAAUGGCUGCACACAGCUGGGUCGGCAUGCUCUGGUGGCCAUUUCUCUGAGCUGCCCCAAUUUACACCAGCUCUCUCUGGCCCAUUGUGAGUGGGUGGACAGUCUCUCUUUGCGGAGCCUGGCUGACCACUGCAAGGAGCUUGAAUUUUUGGAUCUUACAGCCUGCCGACAACUGAAGGAUGAAGCCAUUUGCUAUCUUGCACAGAGGUGCCAUGGACUGAAAUCCCUCUCGUUGGCUGUCAAUGCAAAUGUUGGUGAUGCAGCAGUAGAGGAGGUUGCAAAAGCCUGUCCUGAACUGGAGCACCUGGAUCUUACAGGCUGCCUGCGGGUCAAGAACAACUCCAUUAGGACCUUGGCAGAAUACUGUCCCAAGCUACGGGCUUUGAAGGUGAAGCAUUGUCAUGAUGUGGUGGAAUCCAGCCUAAGCAUUUUGCGCAGUCGUGGUGUGGAACUAGAUGUGGAACCUCCACUGCAGCGUGCCCUAGUUCUCUUGCAGGAUGUUGUGGGCUUUGCCCCAUUUAUUAAUCUUCAGAUAUAAUGGGAGGGCAAUUCAGUGAUUCCUGAGGACUGUUUGUAUCUAGAGCUGUCAGAACUGCUGCUGAAAAACUCAAAAGGUAGCAGGCUUGUUUCAUCACUGCAUUGGGCUACAAAAAUUUCUUGUGUGGGUUGGAAAAACAAACUUAGUUGCAUUAAAAUGGACAGAAUGACUACUGGCCACUUGAAGAUGCAUCCUAGUUAACUGCUAUACAAGAUAUAUGAUUAAGGAUAUUCUAGAGAUGGAUUUGAACUUGCUUCUGUGAAGUUGCAGCAAACCAUGGUUGCAUUGGUGCUGAAGCAGUUUUACCCAAUUUUGUAUUGAUCACAGACAGGUACAAAUCACUUUGGGGAAAACUUCAGAAAUGUAAUUUGAGGCACAGCUCACUAAGCGGUUAACAGGCAACAUUUGUUUGAAUUGUCUGUUUUGAAUUGAGAGCUGAAGUUUGUCCACUGAAUCUUCCUACAAAGUUGAAAAAAAUAUUUUUCUUUACCCCUGCAAUUGCCUUUUUUUGUAUAUAAGGGCUGCAGAGUAGAUGUUUGCACUUACUAGAGUCCUGAAACAUUGCACACUUCAAUGUCAUGCUUUUAAUGGUACAGGAGACAUACUCCUGUGUUGGUGUGUGUGUUUUGUGUCAUAUGUUCCCUUUCUCACUGAAGUAGGUGAGUAUGUAGUCUGGGUGAACUGAUGGAACUAGAUAUAUUCAAAUUUCAGGAAACAGGUUAUUCUAAAUUUCUAAAAGGAAGCACAAUAAUAGGUAUUAGCUUCACUUUCUAAUAGAUGAACAUGAUUACAUUAUGCACACACCUUAAAACUGCAUACUUAUUAUGAAACAGCAUAAACAGCCUCUUGUUAGGAAGUGGACAGAGACUCCCCCAAAGUGGUAGUGGCAGCAUCAUCUACCAUGAUAAGCAGUGUAGGCUCUGCCUCUGUAUUCAAGAGUUGAUGUUUAAAGGAUGGUUCUGCCUUGAAAACUCCAUGUGACAGAUAGGUAAGCAGAAGAUGUCCUAACUCUUGGCCCAUAAUUAGUGGAGGGAAUGAUAAAAUAGAUCCCCUGGAAAGAUGUGUGGAAUGGACUUAACUAGCUGUCAGUGGCACUUAGACUUUGCAUCUAGCUGGAGUUCGAUGUGUUUACACUUCACCUUUUUUCUUGAGAUCCUUGUAUUCUAUUUUGUUCUCACUACCUGAUUAUCAGUAGCAAAUCAGCAUUUUUGGAGCCUAGGCGAGGAGAAAGCUGGGCUUCAUUACAGUUUGGUGGGUUUUAGUUCCCUUAUAGCACUUCAUAGAUUCAGUAGUUAAAAUGUGGUCACUGCAGUAAUUCCCAUGCAUGAUACAAAAAUUAACUAACUAAAUUGGAGUGGAGGAAGUGUGUUGUCCAUAGUCUAUAUACAGCUCCCACCCCCAUCCACCCUUUGUAGCCUUAUUGUUCUCCUUAGCCAAGCUUUUGGUAAUGGGUGCAAAAUUACCCCAAAUAGGUUAAUACUCACUCCUGGGAUAGCCUAGCAGUACAUUACAGAGAGUGAUUUCCCUUAAGUCCUUAGAUUGUGAUUUGAGCAUAACUGUGGUCCACCAGGAAGGCAAAUUUUGUGGGUUUUGCUCACCCUGAAUUAAAAACUCCUGAGAACCCAAAUCAUGCAGUGUGGUCUGGUGUUGCAUCUCUGCACUGGAAGCUAGGAAGACUGAAAUACUUGUCCUCUGCCAGCAUAUAGGUAAUUCUACUGUAGUAGUGAUAAUUCCUGGAAUCAUAGAGUUGGAAGGAGACAGAAGGACCAUUUCGUCCAAUCCCCUGUCAUGCAGGAAUACACAACUGAAGAACUUCUUAUAGUUGGUCAUCCAACCUAUUUCAAGACCUCCAAAGAAGGAGAGUCCACCAUCUUUCAAGACAGUCCAUUCCAUGGUAAAAAAAUCAUUACAGUCAAGAAGUAAAAUAUGUAACUGCUUCUUCAUUACCCAUCCCUCCCUUUGGAAAUGCUGUAGUUUGAAGUAUAGAUUACACAACACCAAAUCUCUAAAGAGGAACCUGGUCUUUACUAUGAACUGAAAAGGCAGUUGCAGAUGGGUUGCUUUUACGGAACACCAGUGAGUCCCUGUAAGCCAUUGCUAGGUAUGGAAAGUUGUAAUAUGGCAUUGACUGAUCUGGUGUGUUGAGAUAUUCUAAGAUUUGCAAAAGUCAAACCCCAGUGUAAUUGGCCAUUUGAAAUUUUACUAGAAGUAAAUUUUGUCUUAUCAUAGAAGGCUUCUAAUUUAUGUCAAUAGUAGCUCAGUGCUAGAAUUGUGAGCUAGUAGUUGAUGUAACUUAUGUAACUGCCCAGUAAAUUUUCUGUAGUAGCAUUUGUCCACUUAGCUGGAAAGAUUUCUGCAGGUUGCAUCCUAGUGUAAAUACCAGAGAAAUGAAAUUUUCAUUCCAACCAGAGUAGACCCAUUUAAAUCAACAAAACAUACAUUAGUGUUGAUAACUCAUUGGAUCUGCUCUAGUUGGGCUGAAAUUGGAUUUAGCCCAGUGACAUGGAGGACUGUGGCUAGAUCCGUUUUACUCUACUUCCACAAUCUUUUUGCCCAAGUUUGAGCUGUUUACCUCCUUACUGGGUGUUGGCUUGUGUGUUUUGAUUGUCUUAAUUAUGUCCCUGAAACACAAGAGGUGCAUCACAAAAGUGCCCUCAGAUACUUAUGUCCAUUUCUUCUAGUUUUAGAAAACAUUCUCCUUUGUCCUAAAUACUUUCUUUAGGCGAUAAACCCAAAUGUCAACAUACAGCAUAUUGUGGGAAGGCACCAGAACUUUAACUUGGAUGCACUUCAUAACCAGUCUAUCUUAGGAAGUGCCUGCAUGCUCAGUGUUAAGAGGUUAAGUCUUGCUUGAAGGUCAUGUGUUGCUUAUUUUAAAAAUCUUCCUUCCAAUAAAAUGUCUCUGGGCAAACAGCAUUAUUGUGGGUGUAGUCCAUGAAAGCCUAGACCAUAAUAAUUCUUUUAAAGUACCGUAUGUUAAUGGGAGUAGUUACUUCUGAAAGACAAGGGGUCCACUUAGUUCAUUUGCACUAUUUGACUUCAGUGUACUGAACACAAUUCCUUUUGUUUAAUACAGUAGACAAUUCCUUUAUCAGGAAGGGAGCAGAAGGAAAAUAAAUUUAAAUGUACUGAUGGUCAAAUGUGAAUGUUUUGAAAAAAUGGAAUCAGUUGUAAAAUUUAAAUUAGCUUUUGAUAAGCCAAAACCUGAAACCGGCAGAUGUACUUCACUUCUUUAAAUCUAUAUCAAGAAAUACCAGAAAUCAAAUAAAUAGAAUUUUGUCCUUCA